AAAUGGCACCCCAGGCAGACAGAGAGUGACUCCAAGAGAGAGAAGAAGAGGAACCAAACAAAGAGUGAAUCAACUGCUAGCUUCCCCUCAUUAACACAUUUCCAUCUGAAUUUCCCAGUCUCCCUUCUGAAUCUCCGCCCUUGUCUACUAUCCCACUUAUGCCCGAAGGUUACUUGUACUAUGAUCUUCUCUCACGUCUGCUUCCAAUUCCAAGAGAAGAUGGAGGAAGAAAAGAAAGAAGGGAGCAAAGAGGAAAAGAAAACAGAAGAGGUAAAGGAUGAGAAGAAGGAAGGAGAAGAAGAAGCAAGCCCAGAGAUAGUGCUCAAGGUCGACAUGCAUUGUGAGGCCUGUGCCAGGAAAGUCGCGAGAGCAUUGAAAGGAUUUGAAGGAGUGGAGGAGGUAACUGCAGACAGCAAGAGAAGUAAGGUGGUGGUGAAGGGGAAAGCAGCAGAUCCCAUGAAGGUGUGUGAGAGACUGCAAAAGAAAAGUGGGAGAAAAGUGGAGCUGAUUUCGCCAUUGCCAAAACCUCCAGAGCAGAAGAAGAAACAAGAAGAAGAAAAAGAAAGCAAAGACAAAGAGGCGCAGCCCCAGGAGAAAAAAGAGGAGGCCCCACCUGUGGUAACAGUGGUGCUCAAGGUUGGGAUGCAUUGUGACGCAUGUGCUCAAGAUAUUCAGAAGCGAAUCCGCAAGAUUCAAGGAGUAGAAUCAGUGGAAACAGACUUGGGAAAUGAUAGAGUGGUGGUGAAAGGGGCGGUUGAACCGAGUAAGCUAGUUGAAUAUGUGUGCAAGCGAACUGGGAAGCAAGCUUCCAUAGUGAAGGAUGAAGAAAAGAAGGAGGAAGACAAGAAAGAAGAUGAUAACAAGAAAGAAGAUAAGAAGAAAGAAGAUGAACACGAAAAAGAUGACGACAAUGAUGAAACUGAUAUCAUCAAGAGGAUGGAAUACUGGCCUUCCAAAUACUUCACCGACUAUGCUUAUGACCCUCAGAUCUUCAGUGAUGAAAAUCCCAAUGCUUGCUCUGUUAUGUGAAACACGCACUUCUUCUGCUUUUAGUUUUUUUUUUUUUCUUUUUUUCCUGUAUAUUGUUAGUUGGAAGGUCAUUAACUCAAACAAUUUUCUGCCCUGCUGCUACAUAGUGUUUUGAGUGUUCGUAGGGCUUAUGCUUCUCUUGACCUUUUUUAAGUACUGACAAAACUUGAAGCUUGAAGUGUUUGUUGCAAAAUUCUGCGACAGAAUUGUGUUUA